AUGGAAAUAAUGUCAAGUGAAUCACCUAACAAAAGAUUAGAUGAUGGAGUGAUAUUUGGUAUUGGAAAUCCAUUACUUGAUAUCAGCGCUGAAGUGCCAUUAUCAUUUCUCGAAGGGUACAAUCUUAAAGCGAAUGAUGCCAUUCUUGCUGGCGAGCAGCACAAAGAUUUAAAUGAAACAUUACUUCGAGAUUAUCCAAAUCAUCAAUUUGUUGCUGGUGGUUCGACACAGAAUACCAUGCGCGCCGCUACGUGGAUACUCCAACAGCCAGGUGUUUGCGUAUAUAUGGGUUGUGUAGGUCAAGAUAAAUAUAAUCAAUUGUUAAACGAUGCGGCGACGAAAGCAGGUCUAACAUUAUCUUACCAAAUUUAUCAUGAUCCUGAAGGACAUGUACAAACUGGUACUUGCGCUGUUCUGAUCACUGGAAAUAAUCGUUCAUUAGUAGCGAACCUUGGUGCUGCCAAUUGUUUUACAAUCGAUCAUUUAGAUGAUCCAAAGAGUCAAGAAUUGAUUGAAAAAGCAAAAUUAUUUUAUACCGCUGGAUUCUUUUAUACAGUGUGUCCCGAUGCUGUGAUGCGCCUAUGUGAGCAUGCGGAUAAGAAUAAUAAAUUAUUCUGCACGAAUUUAUCCGCACCAUUUAUUUGUGAAAUCUUUGGUGAUCGGUUGAUGAAGGCGAUGCCCUAUGUCGAUUAUUUAUUCGGCAAUGAAACUGAAGCAAGAAGUUUUGCAAAACAUCAACUAAAAUUAGAUACGAUAGAUGUGAAAGAAAUUGCAAAAGCUCUGAGUGAACUUCCGAAGAAAAAUGCUCAACGUCCACGUGUUGUUGUAAUAACACAAGGUGCUGAUCCAACGGUAUUAGCUAUCGCUGGAAAAAAUACUGAAGAAUUUUUGGUUAAAAAGCCGUUGGAUAUUGUCGAUACUAAUGGUGCUGGUGAUUCUUUCGUCGGAGGUUUUCUUGCUUACUUGGCACUUAGUAAAAGUCAUGCCGAAGCCGUUCAAGCUGGUGCUUAUUGUGCGUUCGAGUGUAUUCAACAAUCUGGUUGUACUUACCCAGAUAAACCGAAUUUUGAUCCCGCAACGUUCAUUUUUCUUUCGAAAAUGGAUAACAACAGUAACAACAAUAAUCGAACGUCAGUCACUGCAAACACGUCUUCCAAUACAAACGCUAGUACAACGUCAUCGUCAACAACAACAGCAGCAGCGACAAACUCAUCAGCGUCAACAUCCUCGUCAUCAUCUGGUGCGACAUCAUCAAUACGACAAAGUCACAAACGAACAUUUUCAGAAUCUGAUUCAUCGUCACGCACAGAACGACAUUUAUGUUCGUUUUCACAUUUAUGGAUUAUUAACUAUCUUUCAUCGUACAUUGAUGAUGCAAACUCCACGUGUUUACAAUCUGAAUCAUUUUCACCCGUGAAUACACCCUAUUCCAGUACACGUUGGAGUUUGAAAUUAUAUCCACGUGGUCUAAAUGAAAAACAGCAUACAAAUAAUAAUAUAGCGAUAUUUCUCAAAUAUGUCAGUGGAACAAUGCCGACGAUAAAAGCUAAAGCUGAAUUUAGUGUUGUCAGUCGUAACAAUGAACUCGUCAUGUUACGAUCGACAAAUUUUCAUACAUUUUCGUCAGGAAAUGAUUGGGGUUAUUCAGAAUUUCUCGAUGGAAACUACUUAAAUUCUCGUCGGAAUGAUCUAAUAACAGAUGAUCGUCUUCGAGUCUACGUUCGUGUUGUAUUAGUCGAUGAGAAAGAAACAGUUACAGGUGAUCUUAUUCGUCAUCCACAUCCUGCUCAUCACCAUCAUCAUCAUCACGGAUCAUCAAUAUUACCACCACCGCCACCGCCACCUUUACCCUCGUCACAACAUUCAGCUCAAUCGCAGCAAACCAGCACGGCGCCCAAAACUCAAGCAUCAACAUCAUCUUCGUCGGCGUCAUCUUCGUCAGCCACAUCGUUGAACAAUACGAAUUCAUCAAGCGCGUCAACAACGUCUUCAACAGCAAUCUCGGGUUUAUUUACAGAUGACAAAGAGCGUUUUAAAUCUCUAGAGCUUUUAUCCAGCCAAAUAAAAACACUUUUAGAUGACGAACGUUUUGCUGAUGUACAUAUUCAUGUUAUACCUAGACAGCAACCAGUUCAACAGCCUCAACCGCAACUAGCAGUCGUUGCUGAUGACCACCGAAAAUCGACUCGUAUAAAACACCAACGAACAUCUCUUAAACAGCAAUAUCCAUCAUGUUCAUCAUGUCACUGUACAACUGAAAAGAACAAAUCCAAUAGUACAAUCAACGAUCAAAUAUCCGAUCAUCAUGAACAGUCAUCGUCAGGUAAGACUCUUUGCAAAGAUUCUGAGUCGGAUAAUCUCGAUUCUCGUCAUUCAACAAAUCUCCCAACGCAAAGUCAUAUAUCUCCAUCAGCGUCGUCCACAACUCCGACAACACGGCGAACAACGCGUUCAACUUCGUUGCUCUCACGUAUUGCUCAAAGUUCAUCAUUCGUAUCGGAAAGCAAUCCUUCAUCCUCAAACUGUUCGACAUCAUCUGCUGAAUUUUCCUCAUCGUCGGAAUUAUGUUCAUCGUCUUCCAUUUUAUCCUUACCAUCAAAUAUCAAGCGUUGUUCAUGCAUUUGUCAUCAUCAAGAUCAUACCGAACAAGAUUUACAUAUAGAUAUUUCACAAUCUCAUCUAAAAUAUUCGAAUAUAACACCGUUGGCAACAUUUCAUGCACAUAAAGCUGUACUAAUAUCUCGUUCUUCUUCGUUCGCAACACAAAUCCGUAGCAGUACGAACUAUAAUACAACAAAUUCGAAAUUACCAUCCAUUGAUCUGUACAUCGAUGAUCUCGAUCCUUCAACUGUCCGUACCAUGCUGAUUUAUAUCUAUACAGGUCGUUUGAUAAGAUCAAACGACGAAUUGAAAAGCAAUCUAAACGCCAUUGAUCUAUUUCGUGCUGCAGUUAAAUACGACUUACAUGAACUGCGUCAAUUAGCGAAAUCGACGAUGUUAGAUGUUCUGAAAAUCGAUAAUGCUAUUGAAAUGCUCGAAGUUAGCGAUCAAGCCAAUGAUGCUUCACUCAAACAACAAGUCUUAGCUUUUAUCCGCUCCAAUGCUUUAGCCGUAUCGAAAACAAACAAUUGGAUACAAUUUACCAAACGUCACCCAAAUUUGAUCAUUGAUGCAUUUCGUUCACUUGUGACACCGCCGUCAACAACAAAUACUAAACCGAAUACCGCUAAUAAUAAUAGUUUUCAAUCAACAUCAUUAACUACGACGAGUAAACAAUAUUCGAAAUACGAUUAA